AUGCCAUCGUCCAAAAUUAAAUAUUCUUCCACCAAAGCCAUUGACAAUUUCAGUCCAAGGGCUUCACUCAUGAAGAUUAUUGGAUACGUAGAUUGUAUAGAAGGACUAAAAGAAUUGCCAAAAUCUGCCUCGAAGUGGAUCCAUAAAUGCAUACUGAACAACAAUGAUGGCAGGAGGGUUCGCAUCAUAUUUUGGGGAGAUGACGCCUUGAAAUAUAAUGACGAGCUCAAAAUGUAUCAGAUUUUAAAAAUUACGGGAAGUACGAUUAAAGAAGCCAAUGCAAUGUAUCGAAGAUCGGGGGAUACAGUCGGUAACAAGGAGUUCCAGUUUGGACGUGGAAGUACCAUUGAGACCCUGGGGGGCUUCAAAAUUGCAAAUGGAGCUGGUGGAGGGACAAAGGCAAUAACGUACACACCAAUCAAGAUGGCAGAAGUGUGUGAAGCUCGGCACCCAGUUAUGGUCACUGGAUGGCUGAAAGAGCAUUUCAGGAGCAUCACAACGUCCAAUGGGACCUCAUACGGAUGUGGUCUAAUUUGUACUGAGGUUCAUCAAAUGACAGUCCAUAUUGCCACAUUUGUCCCUAGAGAGGAUUUGAUCGCAGGGAUGAAAAUUGCAGUCAAAGGAACAAUUGACCGUCGAUUUGAUGCUUUCGUCCUCCAUACAAGCAGCAUGGAUGGAAUAACAAUUGUCCCCGGAGCUGAAGUCAUGAGUGAAGAUGAGAUGGACGAGGCAGUUGAAUCGCCCCCAUUAGUUCUCAAGAGAGAAGUAGACGUAUCUUCACAGCCGACAGACGAGAAAAGUGAUAACGGUCGAAUAGCCUCAGCAGCUAGAGCCACAAAAAAGAGGAAUAUCGAAGUAUCGAUCAGUUGA